UGUGAUGGUAAGACACUACAUUUAGAUGCCCGUUGCAUAGCGAUCGGUCGAGCUUAACGAUUUUGGGUCAACGGUCUGAAAGCUGGUCAAUCGCUGCAGAGGCGAACUGAAGGCUAGCAUGCAAUCGAUUUGGAUCGACAUUGAACGAAACUCGAACGCUGGCUGAGAAUGUAAUAGAAAGGAGAUUUGUUCUGCGAAUGAUUCUAAUUGACUCGAGAUAUAAAAUGAGUUUGCGUUCUAUGAAUAAUGAAUUUCUGAUCGAGGCCCAGACUUUGACUUUUUGAUGCACUGAGGGCCACUUUACAUGGCGACAGAGGACAAGAAGACACGCCGAACCCCGCAUGCGUUUGGUGGACAACCAACGAUUCCGCUGCCAGCUCCGUUGCAAAUGACCGAGAGUUCGUUGCCGGAGAAUUGGAGAAUAUGGAAGGCGAAGUGGCUAGACUUUGUAACACUGACUCAGUUGGAUUCUCAGCCAAUGGCCUAUCAACUGGCGAUGUUCAGGCAUGCCAUUGGAGACGAAGCCAGGCGGACGCUGCAAACGUUGGAUCUCAGCGAUGGAACUCAGGAGAUGGAGCUGGAUGAAGUAAUACGCAGAUUCGGCGAGUUUUGCGAAGGUUACACAAACGAAACUUACCAAAGGUAUCUGUUUUUCAGCCGAAAUCGCCUGCCGGGUGAAUCAAUCGACGCAUACAUCACGGAGCUGAAAAUUCUGGCGCGGGAUUGCAAUUUUUGCACCUGUUUACGAGAUUCGCUGAUCCGCGAUCGAAUUAUAAUUGGCAUAAAGAAUGAGGAACUUUCCAGACGCCUUUUGCGACAGCGAAACCUGUCUCUGGAACAUUGCAUCGAUAUCUGUUUUAGCGAAUCAAGGACGGCUCAACAGUUUCAGCAGCUCAAGAUGGAGUCCACGACGGAUCUGUUUGCAGUAUCCCGAGGCCGAGAAAUUGUAUCGAAGUCAUCGAGCGCGAAUCAACCCAAAUGCCAGUUUUGCGGCCGCUCACACCCAAGGCGCAAAGAGGAUUGUCCAGCAUGGGGCCGAACCUGUAUGAAGUGUGCGAAGAAGAACCACUUUGCACGUUGUUGUCAGGCAACCAAAGUCGACUCAGUCGGGCAGGACGAUCAGGAAGAGCCGCAGGAACUGGCUAUUAACAACAUGACAGGACGUGAGAGACCAGUCUGUGUAUUCGCAACGUUGCUUAUUCAAGGGCGUCCGGUGCGAUUCCAAUUGGAUUCAGGAGCAAGCGUGAACAUACUUCCUCACAAAUACUGUCCCGAUGCAGAAUACCGCCAAAUACAGACACAGCUCAGAAUGUGGAACGGAUCAAAGUUACAACCGAAGGGCUGUGUUACCAUGAAGGCCAUAAACCCGAAGGAUGGCUCCGAGCAUUUACUUGAUUUUCUCCUGGUAUCAGGAGAUUUUAUGCCCAUCCUGGGCCUUGAUUCCAUUCAGAGUUUGGGUUUUGUUUCUUUUAAUCAUGAUCGUUUCGUUCACUCGUGCGAAGUCGGGACAGAGAUCGUAGACAACUAUCCCAGUGUGUUUGAUGGUACCGUGGGAAAAUUCCAAGGCGUAGCUCACCUGUCGUUAAACGAGUCCGCUAGACCAGUAGCACUACCAGCGAGAAAAAUACCUAUCGCUUUGCGUGAGAAGUUCUUAGACGAGUUGCAGCGUUUGAUCAGUUUAGGUGUGAUUGCCAAGGUCGAUGAGCCAACCGAUUGGGUCAGUCAAGUCGCGAUAAUCACCAAGAAGUCAGGCGAUUUGCGUGUGUGCAUCGACCCUAAGCCGCUCAACGCCGCACUCAGGAGAGAGUAUUUUACACUACCAACGCUAGAUGACGUCUUACCCGAGUUGUCCAAGGCCAGAUUGUUCACGAAGGUCGACCUCGCUUCCGCUUUCUGGCACGUCCAGCUUGACGAAGAGUCCAGUUAUUUAACCACGUUCGGAACGCCAUUCGGACGGUUUCGGUGGUUGCGCUUACCAUUCGGUUUGAAAGUGUCCAGUGAAAUUUUUCAGAAACGAUUAAUGCAGGCCCUAGACGAUCUACCCGGAGCUAUUUGUGUAGCAGACGAUGUAGUGGUUUUUGGGGCGACUCUGGAAGAGCACGACCGUAACCUGAGCAGAUUUCUAGAACGCUGUAAAGACAAGAAUAUCAGAUUGAAACGUGAGAAAAUUGAGUUACGAAAAACAGAGCUGGUGUUCCACGGACAUGUUUUGAGCGCAGAAGGUCUAAAGCCAGAUCCGGAGAAAGUUAGAGCCAUAAAAGAGAUGCCACCUCCGACAGAUGUUAAAGCCGUGAGCAGACUAAACGGGAUGGUGAAUUACCUCAGCCGCUUCCUUCCACGACUAGCCGAAGUAAUGGUUCCUAUCCGAAAACUUACACAUAAGGGCGAGAGCUGGCAGUGGAACACAGAACAGGAGGAGGCUUUCCAGAACAUCAAACAACUGAUCGCGUGCGCCCCUGUCCUAGCGUAUUACGAUCCGUCACUUCCCCUUGAGAUCCAGUGUGACAGCAGCCAAUUCGGUAUCGGUGCCGUGCUAAUGCAGAACGGGAAGCCCAUCGAUUUUCGCAGUCGGACACUAACGGAAUCCGAGCGCCGUUAUGCACAGAUUGAAAAGGAGAUGCUAGCAUUGGUUUAUGCCGUAGAGCGUUUCAACGAUUACACUUUUGGUCGCCGGACCACUGUAUUUACCGAUCACAAGCCUCUGGUAUCAAUAGCCAAUAAACCACUGCACGUCGUCCCACGCCGCUUACAACGAAUGCUCAUUCGGCUCCAGAAGUACGACCUAGACAUCGUCUACCAACCGGGGUCGAGGAUGUACAUUGCAGACACACUGUCUAGGGCAUAUCUUUCCGAUGUGACCGCAACGCAAGAAGACCAAGACAUUGUCCAUGUCACUCAGCUAUUGGCCGUCACAGAGGAGCGUUUCCAGCAACUACUACGCCACACGGAAGCAGACGAGCUGUGUAAUCGGCUCAAGGAAACGAUACUGAAAGGGUGGCCCGAUAGUAAAAACAAGCUGCCAAAGGAGUUGACUCCCUUCUUUAACUUUCGGGAUGAACUUGUCACACAGGAUGGGCUAAUCUUCAAAGGCAACCGUAUACUCGUUCCAAAGGCAAUGCAACGACCCAUGCUGGAGCUGAUACACGGAAGUCAUUCAGGAGUCAAUGCUUGCGUGGCGAGAGCUCGAGAGCUAAUGUUUUGGCCUGGAAUGACUAGUCAGAUACGGGAUCAUGUUUCAAACUGCUUAGCCUGUCGAGCACAUGAUGUCCGCCAGCCGAAGGAGCCUAUGAUGCUUCGUGAGGUCCCGGAAAGGCCGUGGCAGAAAGUCGCCCUAGACAUCUUUGCACAUGACGGAAAGAAUUACCUGAUCGCUGUCGAUUACUUUAGCGACUAUUUCGAGAUUGAUGCUCUCACGUCUACUAGCACACAGGCCGUGAUAAACAAGCUACGAUCGCAGUUUGCGCGACAUGGGAUACCGGAAGAGGUAGUGUCCGACAAUGGCCCCCAAUUCAACAGCGCCGAAUUUCGGAGUUUCAGCGAAAAGUGGGAUUUCCUUCAUCGUUUAACCAGCCCUUACCACAGUCAGUCAAAUGGAAAAGCUGAGUCAGCCGUGAAGGAAGCAAAGAAGUUACUCACCAAAGCCAAGGAGACCAAAGAAGAUCCUUACAUCAUGUUGUUAGAACGAAGGAACAUGCCAUCUGCCGAAAUUGGAUGCAGUCCAGCGCAACGUCUGUUUGGCCGUAGGACAAGAACCCUGUUGCCGAUCGCCAAUACUCUGCUGCAGCCUGAAAUACCAUCGCAGAGCUUGAUGUAUGAGCGCUUGCGUGAGCGCAUGCUUCGACAAAAGAAAUAUUACGAUCGCGGAACGAAGCAGCUUCCACGCCUGUUGCCCGGAGACGAGGUCUGGGUCGCGCCGACACCGGGAGCUAACGGGUCUUGGAGGAGAGGGCGAGUAGAAGGUCUCAAAGGCGAACGAAGCUACGACGUAAGAGUUGGGGAUAGUCUAUUUCGACGCAACCGGGUGCAGUUAAGGAGACAACGUGGUGAACAAGCACGGCAUCGUGCGAAGCAGCCAACGCAGCCGGACAUUUCGGUGGAUACGGCAGCACACGACCACAAGACUACACGCAGUGGAAGGCGAUACAGCGCUUACGUAAUCGGACUACAAAAAAAACGAAAAAAGGAAGGAUGUGAUGGUAAGACACUACAUUUAGAUGCCCGUUGCAUAGCGAUCGGUCGAGCUUAACGAUUUUGGGUCAACGGUCUGAAAGCUGGUCAAUCGCUGCAGAGGCGAACUGAAGGCUAGCAUGCAAUCGAUUUGGAUCGACAUUGAACGAAACUCGAACGCUGGCUGAGAAUGUAAUAGAAAGGAGAUUUGUUCUGCGAAUGAUUCUAAUUGACUCGAGAUAUAAAAUGAGUUUGCGUUCUAUGAAUAAUGAAUUUCUGAUCGAGGCCCAGACUUUGACUUUUUGAUGCACUGAGGGCCACUUUACA